GUUUACCCUCUUAAUCUCACAAUAUGAGAUGGUGAGCAGGGAAAUGUCUCAUCAAUUACUUUGACGGACAACAGAGAACAAAAUGUCAAACUAAUGAACCCUGCCAUCAAAGUGUAAUCUCCACGAAAAUUGAUUAAUUUGGUCUUUGUGGAGUAACCCUGCUCGCCUCGAGCCCAGAUAAUCGCCCUGCCCCGUCCCAAGGCUGCCGGUAAUAAUGCAGACAGAUGGAUAUCAUGUGGGACACACCAGCAGGUAUUCAUCUCGCCGUGGAACGUAGAAGAGAAAGACAGGGAGCCACUGGCUGUAUUGAUGCUGACAUCACCUCACCACCUCAAAUCAUUCUCCAGUCUUCCUCUCCGGAUCCCCCCCCUGCUUUCUGGCCAUUAAUAAAUCCGUCCGUCUCCCUGUCCCUGCUAUUUGAAGCCGAAGAGCCCCGCACUUUCACAUACACAGACCGCUCGCAGCGUUGCAUCUGUCUGCCUCGGCGUGUGCCUGCGUUAACGCGUGAGAGAGAGAGAGAGCGAGAAGGGGUGAGCGAGCCAACGAGGAGAGGGAGACAGAAAGGGAGAAAGGAAAAGCGAGCGAUCGAGAGAAAAAGGGGCAAAGAGACACCGAGUGCAUGAGAGCAAGACAAAGCAAUGAAAUUCAUCGGAGCCGUUUACCUUCUGUUCCUCCUUCCUGCUUUAAGCUUCAACAGCAGCUAUGAGGGGCUGGAGAAGAAGCUGAAGGAGGUUUUCACAGAAAGGACAGGAAUUUUACGACAACUCUCCAAAACAUCAAAGGAGCUGGACAGCAUCAAGGGGAACCUGCAGUCUCUUAAGAAUGAUGAUGCCGUGCCCAAGAAGGAUGUGCAGAGGAUCCUGGAGCUCAGUCACAAGCAAAGGGAUGAGAUGAAGUCACUCCAGGCAGCUCUGCAGAAACAACUGGAUGAUGCAGCUGAACGUGCAGAGAAACAACAGGCCACCAUAAAGUUUUUAAAGAUGGAGAUGGAAAAGAAGACCAAAAUCAUCAAAGACCUUCAGCAAGAGAAUAAAAGCUUGAAGAACAAACUUCUGUCCGGGAACAAGCUCUGUGACAUACAUGCAGAAGAGUCCAAAAAAAUCCAAGCCCAACUGAAAGAGCUGAGGUAUGGCAAAAAGGAUUUAAUUUUUAAGGGUCAGCAGCUGAUGGACUUGGAGAAUAAACUCAAAGUAGCCAAAGAUGAACUGGAGAAGGCAGCACUGGACAAGGAGUCACAGCUGAAAGCCCUGAAGGACACCGUACAUAUCUGCUUCUCGUCUGUCCUACACAGCCAGACAGGAAGUUUACACAGAUUUCCAGCCACGCCCACCAACCUGUUGAGGUACUCAGCCCUGGUCAACAACUCCAGAGUCACCUUUCAGCAGCCGCAUGCAAAGGACAUCCCGAAAGUUCCCCGGAUCACAACAACAAGUAAAUUGCCUGUGAGCAGUGCGGUAAUGAGGAGAGAGAGCACAGGACCGAAAGACUGCCAGAUGGUGAAGGUGGGAGCAGACUGUUCCCAGAAUCAGACCGAGAGUUCAUCUGAGAUGAAAAAGACAUUUGGACACAGUCAAUCCAAGACCCCAGAGCAGAUCGGACAAGGCCAAGCAAGGACAGCAGAGGAAAGUGGGAAAACAGACGGAGACCUAAAAAAGACACAAAUGGACAAACACAACUAAAAGGACAGUGGAAGACUUGGCAGAUUUUCUGCAUGGUAAAAAUGAUGUCAUAUCUGUUUAAGCCCCUCUUCAUUCACUGAGCUUAUAAGCACACACACACACACACACACACACACACACACACACACUGUAGGCAAACACAAACAACGACAGACACAGAAUACUCAGUCUAACACCGCUAAUGUAGAAAAAGAAAUUCCCAACAUUUGAUUUUGAACUUUCUUAAUAAAAAAAAUAAUAAAAAAAAUACAACAACCACAUAGUAUGGCAUGCAUUAUAGAGUUUUAGAUAUUGAUUUUACAAGGUUACGAUGGUACUGGUUGUUUAUUUUUCUUUUGUUCACUAUCUAUUUUGAUUCUUUCUUUCUUUUUUCUCCCAAAGUGAGGACACAAUGUUCUUUAAUUUGUGUUGUUUGUAAUUAAAAACUAUUUCUGGCACCGCAGACCAGAAAUUCAGUGUUAAAGGUCA